UAUAUACCACUUAUGUUCUAAAACAAUAAUUUAUGUAUAGAAAAGUGAAAACAAACACCCGUGCGGUUGCACGGGUCAAAAUCUAGUUUAUAGAUUUAAAAUUUUUAUAUAUGUACGUCAUAUGUUUAAGGUAUAUUUUAGGUGUAGUAAAAACCGUGAGACAAAUUCCUACAUGCAUCAUGCUAAAGGUGAGCGUUUGGGCACCCGUUCGAACUACUCGGAUUUUGAAUUUUUGGAGUUAGAGAUGUAAUCUUCAUUUAGGUAUUUAUAAAUUUUAGUUCAGAUUUAGUUUGGAUCUUUGCAGAUAUGAUUCAGGUACAUAUACCCGUUUAGAUUAUGUAAACAAAAUAAUUUUUUUAAAUAUAAUUUAAAAUUUAAAGUAAAAAUAAUAUACAACAUAGAAAUUUGAAUAGUUUUAACAAAAUACUUAAACUUAACAUGAAAUUAGUUCUAUAUGAAUAUUUGGAUGGCAAACCGGUAGGCAUUUAGAGUAUUUCUAGUGUUUUAAAUGUUUUUGAUUAUUUCAGAUAUUUACUUUUACAUAUUUUUUUUGAUAUUUUCAAGUAUUUUUAAGAAUUUUGAAUAUUUGGGAGUGUUUUAGAUAUUUUUGAAUAUUAAAUAUAAACAUAAUUAAUAUAUUUAAGCAUAUAAAGUCAUUUCAAUAUUUUUCGGGCAUUCGAAAUAUUUGUUUUUGAACAAGGUUUGGUUUAGGUUCUUCAUGUACCAAAAUUUUAGACCCGUUUGUAUAUUUUACCGUCUUCGAUUAAAUUUUUGUAUAUUUGGGUCAUAUUCAGUUCAAUUUUUCGGGUUUGAAUAACUGAUUCAAUAUAUUUGGAAUUAAAUAAUAUAUCAUGUCAUUAAUAAUAAGAUUGUAAUGAAUGAUUGUAAUUAGGAUAUUUUCACAAUUUGAAAAUAAGAACAGCCAUGUGUGUUAUUUUUGUUCGUUUUGUUUUGGCUGAUGUAAGAGUUGAUAGGUUCUUCAUUCAUGAAUUAAAUAUCAAAAUCUUUUAUCGUUUUACUUGUUUUAAUAAAAUAACAUUCCAUUGAUGAAGUUCAAAUUACCCUAAAGCAAUUCUCUCAAAUAAGAAAUCGAUUGCAGUACUCAGAAUCAAAUCCACGUGGAGUGUAGAUCAUACAAUAGAGUAUAUAUAUCAAGAUUAAGCUAGACAAUAAUAUUAAAAGCAGUAAAUAAAACAAUAAAUCGGUUAUGAGAUAUAUGAAAAAAGUGCUAGACUUAUGGUAUUUCAAACAGGAAAUGAGAGCUAUAAUUUAUUGAUGCUAAGGGUUUAAUAAGAACCUUCCUCGAACUCAAAUUCAUUGAGUAAGAUAUCCAGCUCUCGCUACGAGUCUAAUCAGGUGUGUAAAUCUCAGAAUUCGAACUCUUGUAUGUGAAUUAAAUUGUUCAGACAGUCAUUAGAAUCCAAUUUGAUUUGUUCACUAAAUUAUCUAAACCAACUCUCGUUAUAUUUAUCAACCUAGCUUAUAAGGAGCCAAACCCACUCUUGCGGUUGUCGACUAUCCUAUGAUCACGUUUCUAGAUCAAUCAUGUGAAGGAUCCAAGAUAAUAAACCCAACAGUUAAGUUCUUCAACCAUGUCACCAAUCACCCAAGGUUUCUUGAAGUGAUCUCUCAGGUCUGGAACGUAACUUCACCGCUGUUCCACUCUAGACCGGCUCUUCGUAGAUUCCAUGAGAAACUAAAGUCGCUCAAGUCUGAGAUGAGGGGGUAAAUAGAUACUUGUAUGAUGAUCUACCAGGUCGUGUGAAGAAGGCGUACGAGGAUCUAUGUAUCAAACAAACUGAAGCUAUGCAGAACCCGCAGCUGCACAAGAGAUUCAUGGAUGUUGUGGCUCACUUAGGCAUUAAAAACGCAGUGCCGAAGACGAUCAUGCAGCUGAACGUCGAAGGAUUGACUCGAGAGAACGUCGCGUCCCACAUCCAGAAGUACAGGCUGUACCUCAAAAGGAUGCAGGGAUUGAAUUCGGAAGGUCCCUCUUCUUCAGAUAAGCUCUUCUCCUCAACCCAUGUGCCUCCACAGAGCUUCCAAGACCAAGGGAGUGGAUCUGCCGGACAUGUGGGAGCGCCGUCGAUGAUGCAGAUGCCAGUCUAUGCGCACCAUAUGGGUAUGCAGGGAUAUCAUCACCAGAAUCACACUCAUGAUCCUUAUCAUCAGAACCAUCAUCGCGGAAGUGGUGGACCUGCAAAUCCAUAUAUGAAGCAGCAGAACAAGUUCGGAUCCAUGGCGUCUUAUCCUCCUGUCGGAGGUGGAAGCGCUAAUGAGAAUUAA